CGGAUACACUGCUUUGGCCUGCAAUAUCUGGAAAAAUCAAAAUUUGAUCACGACCGACUGGUAAUAAAGACUCAAUCUCGACCCGGCAGCACGAUUCAGAAUUAGAAAAGUCGCUUCUGGACUCGGGGUCAAAAACUUCAGCCAGUGAAAUGGAAGAUAAUAAUGAGCAAGCUGGUACCAGUGAGUCCGAAACCUUUGACGAAAACGCAGACCUGGUCGCAGAAAAGCAGGACGAAUUGGCUUCUACCGCCAAUGAUGACGAAAACGGACACCGAGUAGAUGAACCACAAAACGAUCGACCUACUUUGGAAACUGAGGGGCAUCAAAAAAUUGAAGAUCAACCAGAGUCACUUGGAGUGCCGACAACAGAGGUAGACCGGAAGAGUUAUCAAACUGACACAUCGACAGCAAAAGAUUCCGACUCCGAAAAUGAGAAAGCAAACAGUGAUGAAAAAGGCGGAUCUCAAGAGAUGAUCCAAAACGAUAAUGACCUUCAACCAACAGAAGAAAUACCAACAGAGACGGAAACAAACGAAACUGAAACAAAUGAGAAUGACGCUCUUGAUAAUACUUCAGAAAAACCUAGCGAAGCAGAACCCUCAGCAAACGCUUCUGAAGAGCCAGUAAAGAAUAAUGAUAAAGAUACGGACUCUUCGCUUCCAGAAGAAAACUCACAGGAAACCAGUGAGAGCAAACUUGAUAACGAACCAAAUAUCGAGUUAGAAACUACACCUUCCAUAUCUGUGGAGCCUGCAACACAUGAAAAUUCGGAGGUGGACGAACCACAUUUUGAAGAACCUCCGAAAAACACGAAUGAAGAAGAAAGAUCAGACGAUGAUACAGGGGAUGCUUCUCCUUCAGAACCGUCAGCUAAUGAUGAUAGGCAGCAGAAAACAAUUAACGAAGGUUCCCUUCAAGAUUCGGAAGAAGAUCAACCAGUCGAAGAUGUAAGACAGGACUCCGAAUCCUUGGAUCCGAAACCACCGCUUCAGGUGGAGCCAACUCUCGAUGCUUCUGAUGGAGACGCUACUAUAAACUAUGCAAAUCAAAUAGAUUAUCCCACAGAAGACGAAGAGGAGAAGCAACCGGGUACUACAAAAAUCGAAUCAGAAAACGGAGAUCCAGAGUCAACAGAAAAUGAAGUUGUGAAUGAUGAAUUCCAAACUUUAGAAAACAAUCAAUCAGAAUCGGACAAAAAAAUAGAAGACAACAAAUCAGAAUCAGCAUCGGACGAAAAAUUAGAAGACAACAAAUCAGAAUUGGACGAAAAAAUUGAAGACAGCAAAUCAGAAUCAGAAUUGGAAAAGCUAGAAGACAACAAAUCAGAAUUGGACAAAAAAUUGGAUGAAAAUGAACAAACAUUAUUGCAUCCUGAAAUCGAUGCCGAGGUUGAGCCCAAAGUUGAUGAUGAUCCAAAUCAACUAAAAGAAGCUGAUAGCGAAACCGAAUAUGAUAGUAACAAUGCUGAAGCAAAAGUAGACUCCGAACCAGAGGGAAGUUAUGCUCCAAAUCAAUACAGUGAGAGGCAAGAUUCCGUUUCAGAUGAAUUGGAUCGUAAAGGCAACGAAAACACAGAAAAUGAUCAACUAGAAGUAAAUGCUGCAACUGAAAACUCAGAGCAGCAGAAAGAUGAAACAAAUUACGAACCUUCUGAUGAGCCGACAAAUGAAACAACCAACGAGUCAGAAACAGAAAAUACGAGAGAACAAGAGAGUCUUGCAGAAAGCCAGUCCAAACAGGAAAAUGACUCCAGCGGGGAGAAUUGGGAAACAAAACCGAGCCCAACGGAAGCAUCAAAAGUUAGCGAAAUGCCAGAACUGGAGCCGAAUGAUGCCAACUUCGGCAACGAAAAUGAAAAUUUCACAGAUAAACGAGAAGACGAUGAAGAAGGUCGUAAAGCAGGAGAAGUAUGUACGACAGUUCUAGAAGAACAAAGAGAAGACCCGAGCUAUGAAGGGCAAGAUUUUGACGAUGAAGUAGUAGCAACGGAAUCGCACGUCAUAGAAUCUGCUCCAUCAAUGGAACAAGAUUCUGCAAAUGAUGAUGAGGAGCAAUCGAUACACAAUGACUUCGUUCAAAAAGAUGAUGAGAUAGCUGAUGAUGAUAAUAGCAGCAUUCAGGUUACAGUUGACAAUGAUGAAAAACCAAAUGUUGGAAACGAUCAUGAAGGCGAUUCAACCAAAAAUUUAUCAUCGCAAGUUACUGAUGAAACUCCUGAAGACUUUGCCGAUGAUGCAACCUCGAAUUCUGAUGUCAACAAACAGAUGAUUGAGGAGGCCAGUGGCAUUUCUGAACCAAAUUUCGCAAAAACUGAUGAUGAAAACGACAAUAGGGCAACUAAUGAAGAGAAAGACGUGAAAGCUGCAGAAGAGAUGAGACCUGAGAAUACUUGGCAAGAAACCGAGGCAAGUGGAAAUUUCGUUUCCCAAAAAGAAAUUGAUUGUUCAGAAGAAGAAAAGCAACACGUAGAAACCGAGUCAGCAUCAGUAAUUUCUGAGGCGCCAGAAGAUGCAGAAGAGCAACGUGGGAAUUUGCAAGAGAAGGCUCCAGAAAUUGAGAAACCGUUAGAGGAGUUCGAAGAAAAACAAGAAGCGAAAUCUGUGGAACCAGUAGAAUCGGCUCUCAGCUUCUCCGAACACGAAAGUAUGGUUGCAGAAAAAUCAGUAGAAGUUGCACUUGAAAACCAAAAAGAGGUUGAGAGCGAACCAGACAAAGUCGAAUUAAGUUCCAGUCUCGCUAAGGAGUCAACUCCAAGUUUGCCGACCAAUCUAGAAACUCCUCCAGCAGCUGCAUCGGAAUCAACACACGAUGAAAACGUCGCUGAAACCCCAAAUGAAGCUCCGAAUGAUAUUUCAAUUGAGGCCACAGCUGAAGUCAAAAGCGAGGAAAACAUUGAAAAGUCUCCCGAUUCUGAAAGAAAAGUUGAAGACCAGCAGUCGGUUUCUGGUCAAAUUGACCAAACAGCGAUAGAAAAAACGACUGAGGCAGAUCAGGAUAGAAAAGACGCUGAUGCUGAAGCAACAAAACAAGAAGAGAAGUCAUUCGAUUCAAAUUUAGUCCCUGACUCAAAUGAAUCGAAAAAAGUUGAUGCAGAGCCACUUGAAGAAGAAGCAGAACAAUUAUCAACUGGACAAAAGGAAAAGGAAACGCCCAAGGAGUCAACUGAUGAAAAAGUUGAAGAGAGCAAGAAAGAAGAUUUGUCAGACAUCAUUGACAAACUGUCAAAAGAAUUAGACAAAAACAAGCGGGACCAAAUUGAAGUUUCAGCAAGUGAGAGGGCAAAAGCUAGACAUCUUUCAGCACAUGCAAAAGCAGGAGACAUUUUAUCGCAUGAAGUAGCUUCUGAGAGCGAACAGGAAGGCGAGGUGAUCUUGAGGCACCCGGUCAACCGAGGUCGUCCUAUGUCGUCAACAAUACACCGCUACAUCAAAGGGGUCAGUCCUAAGCCAUACAGACGAGACACAAUAACUCCUUUGCCCUCAGAUGCUCACAUAGAAGAGCUGAAAAGAAACGGAAGUCUGAGACCCAGACCGAUGUCUAUGGGUGGUAUGAGAGUGCGACCUAGAUCUGAGAUUGAGAAAGAUCUGCACAAGAAACGCUCUCAGUACUUCGGACUUUCAAAGCAAGAUCAAAUUUACCUGCUAAAUACUUCAGUUAUAUACCAAGACUUCAAUAGCGAUAAAAACAAAUCAUUUUUGGACUCGAUGCCCAUAGAUCAUGUGGAAAGUAACGGUUACCAAUAUUCGCAAGCUUCGGUCAUUCAACCGAAGAACGAAACGGCAGAAUCUCAAUCGACAAUAACGAACAAUAAUCGCAAAAGCGACCAUACCAUAAAGGGUGACGAAGAAACAGAUGAUGUUGAGGAAAUUGUUCAAAACCCAAAAGAGCUCUCGUUUGUUCAAUCCGUUCCAAUGAACUUUGAAUUUAGCUCAGCUGACGAAACUGAUCAACCAAAAGAACCCCAGAAAACCAAAAGUUCAAAGCCAGAGCCAAUUGAUGAAACACUCCCGCGGAGAAAGCCGAAAGCUACUCGCAAUUCGGCAGUUAAUGACGAGAAACCAGAGCGACAGAGAUCCCGCUCACUUGCUGACAGACUCAGACGACUAAUUACAUGUUCAUCCACAGCAUCGAGUACAUAAAUUCGAAAAAUUUAGAAAGACAUCAAAAAUAGGACAAUUGAUUAGAAAAAUUUUGCUUUUAAUUUAAUAAUGCCUGACUGUUUAGCUUUGAUUAAAAUUAAAUUCUCCAAAUUUCAAAAAAAAUACA